GUAACUGUUCGCUCGUUGCGCGUUCCGCCGUGGGAGAAUAUUUUCACGUUCAGUUUCCUAUCUGAAAUAACGCUGUCGGUACACGUUCACGAAAUUUCUAGAAGUGUCCCACAUCCCCCCACCUCCCAUCACUGUCACGUUUGUUUCUCUAGUAAUUUCGAGUUUCGCGUGGAGGUUUGCGGUUUUCACGUUAUUUAUUUAUUUGUUCGUAACACAAGGUUCGAUGUUCAACGUGCACAUCUUUCAGAGACAAUCAACCCACCGCGAAACAAUGUGCUGAAUAUCGAGAUCGACGAAGUCGCAAACUCUCGACAGUCGCGCUGUAAAUAAAUAAAAGUCCGAAUCUCCAAUCGAAAUUUCGAAACGGUCUUUCGAAAAUUUUGUUCUUGAGAAAUGGCCAAGUGGGGUGAAGGAGAUCCCAGGUGGAUCGUUGAAGAAAGGCCUGAUGCCACCAAUGUAAAUAAUUGGCACUGGACGGAGAAAAAUGCCUGUACUUGGUCCCAAGAAAAAAUAAAAGAAUUAUUUACCAAUAUGAAGAUGGAAGGAGAUAAUGUUUCCUGUAAAGUAAAAGAAGUAGAGAAAUGUGAAGGUGAGGCAAUGGCAAAUAAUCGAAAAGGUAAAUUAAUUUUCUUCUAUGAAUGGAAUAUUGUUUUGAAGUGGGUAUCCAACAAAAAAUCUGAUAAGAAGAUUGAGGGUAAAAUAAACAUUCCAAAUCUCUCUGAGGAAAAUGAUAUUUCUGAAGUAGAUAUUGAAAUUACUCUAGAAGAUAGUACAGACGAAGGUGAAGCAGUAAAACAUUUUCUACAUACAAAAGGAAAAGAAUUUAUUAGGGAUAAAUUAAAAAAAUAUGUCUCUUCCUUAAAAGAAGAAUUCACAGUCGGAAUGAUUUUACCCAAAAAAGAUAAUGUAAAAGAAAAUAUUUCAAAUAUCACUUCUGGAUUCAAUGCAAAAAUGCAAAUGAAUUCUACUAUAGUAUCAUCGAAUAAUAAAAAAGAAUUGGGAUGUAAAAUUUCCACGACGACGAUUAAGCAACAACAGAAGUUUCAGUGCAGAGCCGAAGAAUUUUACAACGUAUUUACAACAAUUGAAAUGGUUCAAGCAUUUACAAAAGGACCGGUGAAGCUUGAACUGAAAAAGGGAGGCAAAUUUGAAUUAUUUGGUGGUAAUAUACAUGGCGAUUUUAUGGAUAUAACGCCUACGAAGAUUGUUCAAAAAUGGCGUUGCAAACAAUGGCCUGAUGGCCAUUAUAGUGAUGUUACUAUUGACAUUUGUGAAAAAAAUGACCAUACUGAAGUUAAUUUAACACAAGUGGGUGUACCAGUUAGUGAGGAAGAAUCCACAAAAGAGAAUUGGGAAAGGUAUUAUUGGGAUGCUAUAAAACGUACAUUUGGAUUCGGUUAUUUUAUGUGAUCUACGUAUGUUUUAAAGUUUGCUUGCUUACUGAUAAGUAGAAAAAUAAUUAAAACUUGUACUGUCGUAAAUCGCCUCGCAUACCAUUUACGAACUAGCCGCAUAAUAAUCAGCCACGUACAAAAACUGUUUUCCGUCACAAUGCUAGUUACAAUUCUUUUUUCUUUCCCUACCCUUUCUAUUUAGUACAUUACAUCGUAUAAGCGUGACAAUUGUGUCGUUGCUUGAACAUAAAUGAACCAUUACCAACGUGAUACAUCUGUAUUAAUAGUUGUAUAUGUCAAAUAAACCAUGUCACAUAUUUAAA